AUGGAAUCUACUCCCUUGUUGCCCGAGAACCCACUAGAGACGUCGGACCAGAUCCCUAUAUCUUCAAAUAGUGUGAGUUCGACCAAUGAACAAAACCCUUCAUCAACCUCGUCUUCCGUUUCGUUUCCUCGAAAUUCAAGCGGUUACACUGCAAACUUACAAAAAAACAGCAAACCUUCAUCAAAGGUGAUACCGCAAUCUUCAAAGAUAGGUUUGCAGAGAACCAGUCGUACUACACAGAAAUUGAAGCUUUUACCAGAAGACCCCCCCAACUUUGAUAAUAUAAGUGAUGAAAUUGAACAUGAAAAUGAGGUCUACUCCCAAGUUGGUAGAAUUAAAGAUACCCCAGCUAGAAAGGAUGCUGAAACGCUCGGAAAAAUGCACAGAGAUAUGUUGCCCAGAGUCACGGCAUACUGUACUUGUGGUUCCUAUAAGAUGAAGGAUUUACUCAGAUGGUUGAAGGACCGUAAGAGAAUACACAAUACAAGCCCCAAGUUGUUUGAUGAGUGUAUAUAUACCCCAUUUACAUAUAAAGAUUGGAGAAGUCAUGACGGGAGCAAUGGUGGUGAAGAUGAAGAUAUUCAACACAAGUACAUAAGGUUAGCAGAUGAUGGGGGUGAAAUAGACAUAGGAAAAAAGAAUGACUUGUUUGUCUUUGAUUAUGGGGUUAUAAUAAUGUGGGGGUACACAAUCAAAGAGGAGCAAGCCUUUUUGGAUGAUUUAGCCAAGUUCGAAAGCGAAAAAUUGUCAACAGAAGAUAUUCAAAUUGAAGAAUUCAAUUAUUAUAUUACCAAAUCUUAUCAACCGAGAAUUUAUAAUGAUUUUAUCACCUUGAGAGAUGAUUCUAAUUAUAUGUUGAAGUUAUCUAUAUCUCACGCUUUGGCCCAAUCUGUUAAAAUAUCAUUAUUUGAAGAAUUGGUGGACAAUACAAUAGAAGAUACUCAAGAUAUUCCUCAACAGAUUGCACAUACUGGUAAAGUUGAAAUGAAUAGAGAUGAAAUAAUGAAAUCGAUUGGAGAAUUAUUUAUAUUAAGGAUAAAUAUUAAUUUGCAUGGUUCGGUUUUAGAUUCUCCAGAACUUAUGUGGGCCGAACCUCACUUGGAGCCAAUUUACCAAGCAACAAGAGGUUACUUAGAGAUCAAUCAAAGAGUGGAGUUACUUAAUCAAAGAUUAGAGGUAAUUUCAGACCUUUUACAGAUGCUUAAAGAACAGUUGGGCCACUCACACGAAGAGAACUUAGAAUUCAUCGUAGUUGUCUUAGUUGGAGUUGAAGUGCUAGUCAGUUUAGUCAAUAUAAUUAUUGACAUCUGGACUUAUUAA